ACAUCUUUUCUAUUUUACUGUGCUAAUCUAGCCUUUAUCUUUUUUAUUAUUAUUAUUAAUCUACCUAUAUGAAGUCAAUACCCUUGACUUAAGGAUUAGCACAGUAAAAUCAUUACUCAUUUAGAUUUGAAACUUAUACAUAAAUAUACGUUUUCUCUUUUUUUUUAUUAUAAAUAUUCCCUCUCAAUUACAAUACAUUCCUUUCCAUAAGUCAUAUUAAGCAACCCCAUGAGUACACCACCUCCAAAACAUUCCUUAUCCUCACCAACCUCAGCAAAUACCCCUCAGCCUGUCUUACCAACACCCUCCUCGUCCACCACUGUCUCUGCUCGCCAAAACAAUAGAACCCAGCAACAACAACGCAAGGAACUUGAACACCAGUUGGCAGAAAAACAAAGACAGCUUCAAGAAUCUAGUAGCGGCAUUGGAAAAAAUGUACUUGCUCGCCAAGUAAGCCAACUUCAAGACAAACUUCGAGAUAUGGAUACCCAAAGUCCAGAUGAAUUUUCUCAGGCGCAUACUGGAUCCGCAAUCGACCGAUUGAAAUCGUUUGAAAGAGACUUAUCAGCGUACCGUCCUCGUCCUUUGUCACCUGGUAUUUCAUCGAUUCGUAGUAAAGAAAAGUUACUAAAUCAACGCUCACCUACACAUGCGGGUAUGGAUCCAUUACCUAGUCCGAGUACAUCUACACUUUUACCACCCGCGCAUGGUCAUGAUUCAGCUUCGUUAUUACCACUUCCUCCUCCACCCACAGGCUCCACACCUACCAAACGUCGGUCCAAAAUACCGAACACAGACCGUAGAAACACCGAUAUCGAAUUCGCUACUGAAAUAGGUCAGGGGCUACUGUUAGAAGUGAGAAAGAUGCAAGCUUUAUUGCAAGAAAAAGAAGAAAAACUUCGAACGCUUGAAAACCAAAAAGCAGACCUUGAACGAGCUGCUGAAGCUAUGGCCAAACAAAUGCGCCAAAGAGAAGAAAAUGAAGAGAAACUCAAAGAAGAAACUUGGAAUCUCGAACUCGCCAAACAAGAACUCGUGAUUAGUGUGACAGACCUUCAAACCAAUCUGAGUAAAGCCAAUGCAGAACAAAACAAAUUGGCGAAACAAGUCAAUGAUUUACGGUCCGAAAUUGAACAGCUUCGUGAUCGAGAAGAAAAGCUCAACAAAUCUAUUGAGGCAAUGAAACAACGUCAUGAACAAGAUAUGUCUUCUAUUCGUCGUCAUGCAGCUGCCAUUCAACGAGAAAAAGCAGACCAAGUCAAACAAAUUGAGGCCUUAACAUCUGAGCUCGCUAUUGCUAAAGCUCAGUCUCGUAUUGGCAAACAUGUUGCUUCUGAAAGCGAAUCAAAUCAUCAUCGUGUUAUCAGUAACGGAGAUCCUUCUCAUAGUGACCAAGGACAUAGCACAUCCGCUGUCAAAAGCGAUACAACACCUUCCUCUUCGCCUCCUUCAUCGCCUAGACAAGUACCUGCUCGCAAUCAAGCGAUGGAAGUAGAGACACUCAAGACAUCCCUUGCUCAUGCGCAUCGCAUGGUAUCCAACUUGCGUUCAGGUCUGCAUAAAGAAAAGACAGAGAAGUUCGAACUCAAAAAACUCUUGGCUGAAUCUCAAGAAACCAUUGAACAUUUCCAGAACGAUCCCCGUCUCUGGGUUGAUGCAGGCCCUACACGAAGCACGUCUUCUUCAGGUCCUUCGAGCCGAAAUGAAGAUGGCAGUCGUCGUCCUGUCAAGACAGCUAUCAAGCGCCGUGGAGGUAAAAAGGGAACUUUUGAACCUAGCAACAAGCGCAAAAACAAGAUCAAUAAGGCUAUGGUUGUUGGUGAUCAUGAAUAUUCAGAUUUAUCUGACAAUGAAGAAAGUGAGAUGGACAGCUAUGAUGAAAGCGAUGUUGAUGCUACUGGCUUAGAUCCUAAAAUGGCUGGCUUUACGUCUUUAUCUUCUGAAUUGUCUCAGAGUCAAAAGCCUGUGGGUGUUCAUGCCCAAGUCAACACAGAUCCUAUAGAGAGCCUUACGCUCGAAUCCAUGCCUGUCAGUGAAUCUGCUCCUCGUUCUUUAGGUGACGAAUUAAGCAUUGCCAUGUCUCGUUCUCCUUCAACUGAAGAGCAAGAAGAAAAGAAACAAGGUGUAGAAAUCACUACUCAAACCGACACUGAACUUACUAUAACCAGUCAAGAUAUGUCGAUUCAAACCGACGUUUCUUCUAAAGGUGUUGAAAUCUCUGUUCAGACAGAAGUUACUCUCACGCCUUCUGAAAGUUCCUCCACGCAAACAGAUGCUCGUGUGUCAUUAGAACAGAAGGCUGUGUAUACAUGGGUAAAUGAACCUACGCGUGUUACCUUGGGUAAUGCAUCUCAAGCAGGUACAGAUGUAGCUCCUGAAGACCCUGCCUUGGCUGCUUCUGCCUUGGCUGCUGCUACGGCUGCUGCCAUUGCUGCUGCUCGUCAAGCUUCUUUAGAAGCUGCUAUUGAUGUAUCUACUCAAAGUGAAUCUAUCUUGACUCAAGAUCAUGAAACACAAUCCGAGCCUGUUCCUCAUUUAGAUCAAGGCACUCAAUCCGAUUUGUUGGAAAGCAUUGAUUGUGGAGUACAAAGUGAAGUCGCUCAACACACAGACGCUUUUGUACAAUCCGAACCCUUCUCAAGUAACACAAAGGACGCCAGUGUUCAACAUGAACAAGAAGAAACUUCAGUACCAGUUGUCCUUGCAGACCUGGAUGCUCAAGAGCCAGUCACCAUAGGCACACAAAGUGAGCAAGUUCAAGCAUUGGAUGGAUCAGCACAAUACGAGCAAGAGUUGCCUGCUGGUAUUGACCAUGGCACACAGUCCAUGGUUCCUCAAACAGCAGACUCCAGUGUCCAAAGCGACUCACAGAUCACUGUCGAUGCAAAUGUACAAUAUGAGCCCAUCUUAUCUACUGAAACAGGCGUUCAAGCUCGUUUUGUUGUGGAAACAAAAGAUGCUCAAGUACAGUAUGAAGCACCUGAAGAAACCAUGGUUGGUAUUGUUCCUGUUGAAGAAGACCAAGAUGAAUUUUUUGAUGCUACUUCCAAGCCUUCGAGUAGAAACACAUUUAACAAUGCUGCUAUGUUUGAUAAACCUGAAUCUGCAAAGCAAAGCAAUGCUCUCAAGGCCGUUCUUGCUGCUCCUCUUCUUGGACCUGCUUUACUUGCCUCCAAGUUAAUGAACAAUAAAAAGAAGGAUACACAAGAAUCUCAAGAUAGCGUUUUAGAAACAGAUGGAGAACUUGAAGAAAACAAUGCUCAAGAAACGCUUAAGAAAGAUGCUUCCCGAACCAACACUUUAGAAGCACCCAAGAAAGACACUGAUGUUUCUCACAUUAAUGCUUUGGAGGUGCCCAAGAAAGACACUGAUAUUUCUCAAAGUAACACUUUAGAAGUACCCAAAAAGGAAUCUCCCAUGUCUCAAGAACUUGAGGACAAUGCUUCCGUUGAAACUCUCAAGCAUGAGACAAGUCCUUUUCAAGCACUUCAAAACAGUGCUCCAGAAGUAGUCAAGAAAAACACCCCUGUUGCUAACAAACAUGACAAUGCUGUUGUUGCUCCUCAAGAUGAAAAGCUGUAUAGCAAGUCUGAGACAGAUGCCAUGAUUGCUUCUGCCGUCGCUUCUGCUCUUGCUGCUGCUACUGCUGCUGCUGCUGCUAUCGAAAAGAAGGAUGACAAAUCUAUACUCAAUGACAUUGACUCUGCAGUCGUCUCUAAUUCUUCCAAUAUGGAUCAUGAAGAUGCUAUGGUCUCUGAAAAGGCACUUGAAAAGCGUCCUUCCACUGAACUAGUAUCUACUCUCAACCAUGAUCAUGCUGAUAUUCCUUCCAUUAUCACACCAGACAAAGCAUUACCUUCCAGACCAUCCAACCCACCUUCUUCUGACUUGUUGAUCCGUGCUGGUCUUUCUCCUUCCUUCACUGAGAACAGCAAAGCACCUUCUGACAUGUCAAGAGCCGAGAAACAUGAAUCCAUCAGUGUUUCCAGCAUGUCUACCAACAACACAAAUGAACAACUUCAGUCUAUUGCCUCCUCUACCUACGAUCCUCGGAUUGGCACAGAUGCAUCUAUCAUUCAGUUGAUUACACAGACAAUGGUAGGUGACUGGCUCUAUAAAUACACUCGCAAAGUGGUGGGCGGUGGUAUCUCUGAAAAGAAACAUCAACGUUACUUUUGGAUCCAUCCUUAUUCUCGUCGAUUGUUCUGGUCUCCUACUGCUCCUAUCACAGAUGGUCAUGAAGGAAAAGCCAAGUGUGCUGUGAUUGAAGAUGUCACUGUUGUGCCUGAACACAAUGCAACUGGUGAAAACACACCUCAUGUGAGUCUUUUGAUUCAAACAAGUCAUCGUCAAAUCAAGUUAACUGCACCCAACAUGACUAUUCAUGACCGUUGGUUUGAAGCUAUUUCUUAUUUACUUUCUCGUACCAGUGCCACAGGUUCUGGCUUAACUUUCCUCAAUAACCAAGCCAGCACAACCGGAAACAAUGGCUCACUCAUGAAAAGAGCCAGUUUCCGUAUUCAAGAUGCAUUCCAACAUCAACCUUCUAUUUUGACUUCAGUACAAUCCAUGACAACUGCUUCUGAUGAUGAAGAUGAUGGAGAAGAUGAAGCUUUGGAAGAUGUUCGUAUGUGUUGUAAUGGAAAGCACCAUGUAUCCAAACUCGAAAAAGAUCGUUCUCAUCGACACCACUAUCGUAAACGUAAAAGUAAAAAUUCAAUGAAUCGUCAACAUCAUACCAUUAGUUAGAAAUGAGCCCUUCUCUCUCAUUUAUGUAAUUAAACUAU